AUGGGCAAGGCUGAGAUCAACAUCAAUCAUCACUAUCACAGGACACAGUUCUCAAAAGGAACACCAUCAAUCAUAUAUAAUGCAAAUAUACCUUCACAGUACAAUCCACUUCUUACACCAGAGGUUGGUGUUGUAUUAUUACGCAGUGGAGCUAUCACAAAGAUUGAUCCGGCUCACGUCAGUGUGGUGUUCCGAUACAUCACCAUCACUGAUCAGGACACAAAGCCACGCGUGGUCGAAUACCUCAACGUAACAAAGUGCACAUUCUCCGAUAAUCAGCCAUCGGAAGACGCUGCGUCCAAUGUGUUGACCGACUCGGCGUCAUGCCCACUCGAGCAGGUGGUGAUGUCGGGCUCCUACGCCAUGAACACCUACCGAUACCUGGACAUUGGCGUCGUGCGCUGCACAUGCGCACCCAACGACACAUCAUGCGGUUGCUCGUCCGACGCAGACUUUAAGAAGUACUACUACAACGACACUGCCAUCAACAUACUCAUCUCUGAGCACAUACCCUCGUACUCAGUGUUUGCGCGUCGAUUCAAUCUCUUCCCUCCCAACCCCAACUUUGCGCAUCCACCAACCAUUAAGAACUACACUCAAUCCAUCUAUUGGUACAGCUCCCAAUACGUCGUUCAAAAGGUCGACAUCUCAAUCAGACGCAAGAGUAUAUACAACGCGCCAAGAUUCAUCUUUGAUUAUGGUUUUGGAGAGUUCUACAGUGUCGGAGAGAUUAUUUCGAGACAGGUCGAUGCUUCAGCUGCUGGAAAUGUCUUAUUCAAAGCUUUCGUUAGACUUGAUCAAUAUGAGAAUCAGGAAUUUCGUCAGAGCCCUGGCUUCUUGCAAUUGAUUGGAUCAUGGGGUGCACUCUGGACAUUCUUCAGCAUCACAGCACUUCAAUUGGUGAGGAUGUAUAACAAGAGGAUGUAUCAUUCAUCUUUGGCCAACUCUGCACCAUCAUCUCCACGUGUUGCUGGUAGUCGACUGCCCCCACAUCAGCAUCACACGACAAACAAUGAUCAUCAUGAAAGUCACCAGCAACAUGGUGACAUCCAACUCAAAUCAAUGCGUAGUUCAAGGAAUAUAUUACAUGCCAGUAGCACCAGUUUGGAGAAGUUUGCUUGGGAGACCAGCAGGACGCAACCGUCUGGCGGUCUGACCUCGAGCUAUGACCUCAAUGACAGCAACAAUCACAUUGUACACAGCGACAACUAUCUAAACUCUACCGACUUUGGCAGCAGCGAAAACAUGGCGAACAACAACAACAACAAUGGAAGCAGCAGCAAUAUGAACAACAAUAAUAAUCUUAGUCAACAGUUUGAGAACACCAAUGUAGAGAGGGGAUAA